AUGCCCCGUUCCAGCAGUCGGGAGCACGCCGGCCGGAGGCGCAGCCUCUUCGGCAUUCCCUCUUUCACCCAGAUUCAUCCUACUAGUACCACCACUCGCGACUCUCCGGACAGGCUGAGCAAGGACUCCUCCAAGACGCUCAAAAAGCGUCGCGGCCCUACUCUCGUCACCAAUCUUGAAUCCUCACCAGAGCUGGUCCACGAUGAGGAUUCCUCGCCCAUUUCAACAAGCACCCUACCUUCGCCGAAACCAGUCACACGCCCUUCCUUGAGUGUCCGGAGCGGCGGACGUCCAGUCUCAUCCGUAUUUGGCUCACUGAGGUCCAUGCGAUCCAUGCAUGAAGACGACACUCCUUUGACCACCACCUCAAGCCGAACGCCAUCCAUUAAUUGGGCUGAUUUCGACACCAACCAUUGCCGAAAAGGACUUGUUCUACACCAUGGCGAAGUGCAGACCAGCAGUAGCAUGUUUCGUAAGAAGAAAGAAUACCUGGUCUUGACAGACACCCAUAUUCUGCGCUACAAGAACCAGUCAAAGGCUGCCGAAACCAUUGGCAGUGUGCCUCCUCCAUUUGGCAGGAGUCCGACCAUCCGUCAUAGCUCGACCCAUUCCAUUGGCUCCUCUCAGGACCUGCAAUCGCUACACUCGGAUUCAUCAGGCGACAAGGAAGGCCGAGUCACUGUCCGUCAUAUUGUCGCUGUCCACAGGCUCGAUGAUGGUCGUCCUUAUUUUGCCAUUGAGGUUUGCUAUCUCGACGAGGACGGCUCUCAAGCUUCAGCUAUGGUCAUGCAAUUUGGGGACCCCGAGGAUCGCGACUUGUGGCUGCGCUCAAUCCGUCAGGCUGCGAACAAGGCUCGUCUACAGGACCUCAAUCCCAAUGACUAUGACCCCGCCAACUAUGCUAUUUACAAGGUCAUACAGCGCCAAUUCUCGAAAUCACGAUCUUCUACCGAUGACUUGUCCAAGAUUGCAUCGACUGUUUGCUUUUUGGCCAUUGGUAUCCACAAAGUGCAUGUCAUUCCGUUGGUCAAGACUACUAGCCGUGUUUCAUCGCCUUCGCUGUCAGCAAGUAACGUCCCGACAUCAUAUGGCAUCCUCAAUAUGACGGCUGUCCGAGUCAGCCAAUCGGAUGAUCAUUUCGAGCUCACCUUCCGGCAACCCCUGAAGCGACCGAAGACUCUAUACUUGGCUUCUCUGGCUUCUCACGAUAUUGCCCUCCGUCUCCACCAUGUCGAGAACGUUCUUCGUCCGGAGUGCGCAUCUCGUAUGUUCAAGUUUAGCGUCCCACAGGAAAUCGACGAUCAGCUUCCUCCCACAGUCAAUCCGGAUACGGAGGACCACUGCUGUUUCGAGCGUACAUUGACGGCAUAUUGCAUCGCAUAUGAUGUUAACCCAUCGAAUAUUUGCUAUACUAUCGAUUAUACAUGCGAGGACGCGCCUCGCUUCCAGCUGCUUCCUUUAGCGGACUCGCGUCGACAUAAGUAUAGUGCAGCCGAGUUGUUAGCUGUCAUGCGAGCUCUGCGAUACAACGAAUCGUUCAAUUCGCUUUCUUUCGCUGACGUUCAACUCGAUGUACUCAAUGGACUUCACGACAGUUACGGUACCGAGCAUGCCAAAGUCAAGGAUAUUGGAUGUGGUGUAGUCGAAGCCCUUUCUCCACUUUGCAAGCAUCAGAUCACGAACGUUGACUGGAUUGCCUUGAAUGGUAUUCACCUUAGCGAGACCGAUCUUGAUUAUCUGGUUGGUGCGGCAAGUGACAAGGCUUGCCACUUCCGUGCUAUUGAACUGAGCAGAUGUUCGUUGACUGAUCGUACGCUCAGUUUGAUCCUGGACUCUCUUCGCGCCCAGGACAACACACUAGAAGCUUUGGACAUCUCUGGAAAUCUUGCAAGACUUGCGCCGGCCGUGUUUGAUGGACAAAUUAGUGUGUUUGGUUUCAUUCGCAAGCUCAACUUGUCCUUUGCAUCUCGAACUUCGGGAGCCGAACCCUUGUUCAAUGCUGAGACUCUCCUUACCUGGCGUUUGGAAGAGCUCAGACUGACUGGCACAUCUCUUAACGAGAACACGAUCCAAGCGCUCGCAACAUAUCUCAAGCAUCCUCAAUCAGAUACACUCCGCGAGUUGUACCUGGACUCUGCAUACAUGUCUGGUAGUGAUAUUGCGACCAUUAUGCGCGCUACUAAGCGUGGCUCAAUCGAGCCUCGUGCUCUCCAUCUUGACAUAAGUCACAACAAUAUCACAAAAGACCACGAUCAGUUAUGCAAAGCCAUCUCGGAUGGUUCUACACCUACCCACAUCACUCUCCGAGCCAUCGAGUAUCGCGAGGAGUCGGUAUUCCGACACUUGAUCAAUGCAUUGAGAAAGAACCAAAGCAUCAGAUAUCUUGACAUCUCGAGAACGACAUUACCCAGUGACGCCAAUGACGAUACCAGUCAGGAUUCGCGUCUAGAAACUUCACGAUUUGGUGUCGGUCUCAACCAAGCAUUGAACGGUCUCCGUCAAAAUACAGGUCUGCAAGUCCUGCGAGUUCAGUACCAGAGACUCGGCUUGCCCGGUGCUAGUAUGCUCGCAGAAGUCCUGAAGGUGAACAGAACGCUGCGAGAACUGCACUGCGAGCACAACGAUAUACCCCUUUCCGCCUUCACCGACAUGAUCAAUGCUCUAGGCAAGAACACAACACUAGUAUACAUGCCAUACAUGGACGAAAGUCGAUUAGCAGCUCUUAAGCAGACGGAGACACAAGUCAAACAAAUACGCGACGAGGUACCGGCUACUACCUCACCCUUGAAACCUUCGGUUCCGGCACCGCUUUCUAAGCAACCGCCUUCGUCUUCCGUCGCUGGCUCGCCCAUCACUGCACCAUCUGCUUCGCUCACCGACCAGGACAUUCAAGCCGCGUUACGCUUAGUGACAGAAUCCUGGGAUCGCCAACAAUACCGAUUACAACAAUAUCUUGAGAGAAAUUGCUGCAUUCUUCAUGGCGUACCCACAUCUAUGGAGAUCGAAGAAGAGGCGUUCGAGCGUGCGACUAGCGUUGGUACCUUGUCUCAGCUCAUCGAGAAGGUCAAACUAGAUUCCACACCUACCGCAGAAAAAGAGCUAGACUUUGGUGAUGAGUACAGACUUCCUGAGCUCAGCCUGGUGGGAAGUCAAGAUGGUAUGCAGCCCCAGGAAGGAUUGAAGCUCUCCUUGCCUCCACGAUUGCAGUUGCGACACGAUGUUGAAGAAGAUGAACAAUCGUCCUUCAGCUUUAAGCAAUUUCUGCUAGGUCGUCAGGACAUGAGCAGUCCUGAGGAAAUGGUUGAUGGCGUGAGCUCUUCCGGCGCUGCCACCGAAGGCGAAGACAGCGAGUUGCCUAGUCCUGUACUUGAGAUGGGCGGACCUGGUCUCAAGGGACUGGCCGGUCUAGGCAUCAACCAAAGAGAUCUCAAAACACCCACUCAGAAGAGUUUCUUUGGUUGA